AUGUGCAUCUUGUCCGAGGUCUGUGCUGUGGACGUCUACGUUCUACGACCAGCAGGUGUUGCGGAUCUGGAAGCCCUUAUCAUAUUGCGGCUAAUUCGUGCUGCACGUAUCCUGCGAGUUGUGAGGGUCCUCAAGUUCAUGAAGCUGUUCCACAAUCUUCACGUACUCAUCGAAACGCUUAGCAGUAUGCUGGUGGACCUGUUCUGGGGAAGUCUCCUGCUCGCGACCAUUGUGGUGACGGCCGGCCUUUUCAUUGGAGGUCUGGCACAAAGCCAUAUCCUGGAUGAUGACCUCGACCUGAAAACUCGCGAAUUUCUUUAUGAGAGAUUUGCGCAUGCGACCUCGGCCUCCUACUACCUCUUCGAGGCCGCCAUGACCACGGCAUGGGUUUCCUCCGCAGGACCAAUGAUAUUCGAUGUUAGCAGCCUCUUUGCGCUUUUUUGGGUGCCGUAUGCUGCUGGGCUGAGUACAGAGACAAGGGUUGUGAUGGUGAACUUCGCGGUGACGCGCGUGAUAGCUGCUUUGUUUUUGAAGCAAACGCUUGAAGUUGCUGCGCGCGAGAAGGAGAAGGUGGCCAGCGAGGCGAAGAAGAAGAAGGACAAAGUGGCAAAGCGUCUGAAGCAUAUCUUCAAACUUGCUGACGAAGCCGGUGACGGGUGUGUUGCGCUGGCGGAUUUUCAAAAGAUGCUCGACGAGCCAGACGUGUUGGAGCACCUCGAAGAGAUGGAGCUCAACCACAAUGAGAUGGUCGUGGAUAUGGCAGACGACUUUGUGCGCAGUCUUACAGUGAACGGUUCUGCGGUUCUGUGA